GGUUCGGCAGCUUGUUUGGAUGCUGCCGUCACAUCAUGGCGACGCGCGGAGCGGAGGCAGCGCGCGGAGGAGGCAGCAGCAGCGCGGCGGGACGGAGCCGGCGACAGAGCCAGAGCGGCGAGGAGGCGGCGGCAGCCCCGAGCGGCAGCCCGGAGUUGGUUGGUGGUACAAUGGAAGAAGCUGGAUCUCGGGAGAUGGGAAUGAAUAACCAGGACCAGCUGGUGAACAGCAAGUGCAACGAGUUGUCUGAUACAGCGUUGCAGCACGCGCAGUCCAACUGCCAUGGCCUGGAAAACACGGCCGCGUUGGAAGAAGCUGAGUAUAUCACGAAGAACCCGGGGUCCACAUGCUGCUCUCGGGAGUCUCGUGAGGAGACUCCUGGGAGAGAAGAAGCCCGUACUGAUCCACCUGAUGGCCAACAAGAUCCAGAGAGUGAAAAACACAAAGAGAAAACUUUGGGAAAAGAAGUGCUAUUAUUAAUGCAAGCCUUGAAUACACUUUCUACUCCAGAGGAAAAGCUGGCAGCUUUGUGCAAGAAGUACGCUGAUCUGUUGGAGGAGAGCCGGAAUGUCCAAAAGCAGAUGAAGAUACUGCAGAAGAAGCAAGCACAGGUCGUGAAGGAGAAAGUCCACUUGCAGAGUGAGCAUAGCAAGGCCAUUUUGGCACGUAGCAAACUGGAAUCUCUCUGUCGGGAGCUUCAGCGUCAUAACAAGACUUUGAAGGAAGAAAACAUGCAGCAAGCGCGUGAAGAAGAAGAAAGACGUAAAGAAGCAACUGCACACUUCCAGAUUACACUGAAUGAAAUUCAGGCUCAACUGGAACAGCAUGGCAUACAUAAUGCCAAGCUCCGUCAGGAAAAUAUUGAACUGGGAGAAAAACUGAAGAAACUCAUUGAGCAGUAUGCAUUGCGAGAAGAGCAUAUUGAUAAAGUGUUCAAACAUAAAGAACUGCAGCAGCAACUUGUGGAUGCCAAACUUCAGCAAACUACCCAACUUAUUAAAGAAGCAGAGGAAAAACAUCAGCGAGAAAGGGAGUUUCUGCUAAAAGAAGCUACUGAGUCCAGGCACAAAUGUGAACAGAUGAAGCAACAGGAAGCUCAGCUGAAGCAGCAGCUUUCUCUUUACAUGGAUAAGUUUGAAGAAUUCCAGACCACCAUGGCAAAAAGUAAUGAACUCUUUACAACCUUCAGGCAAGAAAUGGAGAAGAUGACGAAGAAGAUUAAGAAACUGGAAAAGGAAACCAUAGUGUGGCGUACAAAAUGGGAAAACAACAACAAGGCUCUUCUGCAAAUGGCUGAAGAGAAAACAGUAAGAGAUAAAGAAUACAAGGGCUUUCAAAUAAAACUGGAGCGUUUGGAGAAGCUAUGCAGGGCCCUUCAGACAGAAAGGAACGAGCUGAAUGAGAAGGUGGAAGUUCUUAAGGAGCAGGUUUCUCUCAGAGAAGCAGAUGUGGAUCUAGCUGUGCAGGUGUUGCAGUCCUGCACGCUCAAUUCCCACGAGGAGCUGGGAACUCCCACUGACACGGAACCAGGAAUCCAACCUGAUGCGGAAUCACAUGUGGCAAAUAGUUCCGAAAAGACUGUCUCAACAAGUCCUGUUCCUGGCACUGAAUCUGUAGACUAAAAUGAAGUGUAAACACUGUAUUGAGAGAUAUAUUUUGUGUAUAACUUUCUCUGUUGGUGGUAACUAUUUGGUUUUGUGGUGAAAAUUUUCUUACUUUUUCUACCAUAUCUGUAUUUUCUUAGAACUACUGGACUUAUGUGGUACAGGAAGCUGCAUAGCAGCUUUAAAUAGCUUAAACUAUAAAUUUUCCACAACUGUGUUGCACAUCUGCCUCAUUUUUUAAAAGAAAAUAUUUUUCCAUAAAAGGAUGCAUGUGCGUUUCCUCCCCACAACACAAAUCACUGUCAUGGAAGACCGUGUACAGAUAUAACAUCGUUCCGGGGAAAAUAGUGACAGCAGGUCACUUUUUUGGUUUGAAAAACAGCAUUCUGGUUUUGUUCAUUGAUUUGCCACUGUAGUAUACUAAAGAUUACCAAUAUUUCCAGUAAAUUUAUCUAACUAAGGAUGUCUAAUGGCCAGUAAAAACCAUCAGCUUUCCCCUGUAGUAUGUUUUCAUAUAUAUGAAUGAAAAAGUAAAGGUCCAGAAUAUAGUAAGAGAUUUGUUUAAAGGGUUUUAUGUACUUUGUGGUAUGAAAAAAACAGCUUUGAAAUACAUUAAUUUGCAGCUGGUGAAACAGGGUGUACAACUUUUUGCAGACUUCUCAGGGUUGUGUUGUAAAGGUUAGUUUGGACUAUUUGCCCUGCCUGUGAACAUGUUAAAUAUAAAUGUGUGAGAAAAUGUACAGCAACGUUACCGAGUGGAAUUUUGCAGUUGUGUAGCCUAUUGCACAGGUGUUGGUCGUGUUCUUCCCUCUUGGAUGCAGGGUGCCCAUCAGAUGGUUAUCCUGACUAGAGAAAUCCAUUUCUGUCUAGACAAAUCUCCAGAUUAUCCAAAGGGCUGGAAAAACAGACAUUUACUGCCAUGGGUGUGGAAGACGUGAGUCUGUGGCAUACAGGCAUUGUCUGAUAGCCUUGUAUGCAACGUAUUUAAACGUUAGUUAAGUGUAUGCUGGUUACAAUUGAACAUGUAGAUUCAAAUACUUUUCCUGAAGUACCACAUGGAAUUUCUUGCACGCUCAACCUCGAAGCUGUACCAGUUGGCAGAGUGCCUUCCCAGAUGGGUUAUCUGGUAAAGAUGGUACUUGAGAUUCUUACACUAACAUACCACAAGCAGAGCUCCCUUGUUAACCUUAAACCAUAUAUAGUCUUUUCUUAGAAAAUUUGAUAUCCUCAUUUUGACUUCUUUUCCUGAGAGAAGCUAGGACCAAUGUUUAUUUUUUGGCAAGACAAUGUGUGAAAUAACUACAAGCUGCCCUUACCUUUAGUUCCCAUGUAUUUACUUUCUAGUUUUGGUUGCUGUUGUUUUAAGAAAUACAAACGUGUGUAGCCUUUUCUGGUACUUAAAAGUUCUUUGCACUUACUUGGGAGGGGAUUUCUGAAUCAAGCACAUCUCUCAAUGAGCUUCCCACCCUCAUUGCCCGCGGCAGUUUCGUGGCUAAAUUACUUGAAUGUUCAGGCUGCACUGAGCUCCUGAUCCUUUUCCUGUAGUAAUGUACAUUGAAAUAAUGUAGCUGUCUCUGAAAGAGUAAGGUUACGUAAAGCCUGAUCAAUGUGUUUUAGCUCAUACCACUGAGAGGAACUGUGCAAAACUGACAUUUCUUAAUUGGUGGAGCACAUGGGAAGCUGGCUGUCUUCCUCCUAGAUUUGUGCAGCUUUUGUGUUUGUGGUCCAAGCACAAUGCGGGAAUGAAAAGAAGGUAGCAAUGAGCUGUCAGUCAGGUUAGACUCAGAGCUUUGAAAUGUUAAUCAUGCUAACCAUAACAGCAUAAAAAAAUACUGGAAAGAAGUAUUCCAGACGUGCUUUUCAAAUUACUUGCUUUAUAGAAUCGAACUGUUUAAAAAUAGUUGUCGUGAGAACUGGUUUUCAGCUAACACUAAGCAUGAAGUAAUUUUCCUGAGGAAAAGUGAAAAACUUUGUAUCUGAUGCAUCGUACCCUUGGCAAGGUAGGACAUGCAAUUUUCUAUUUUUACAAUUUAUUAUUUGGACAUUUGUAUCUUUAACAAUUCUUUCUAUAGCGCUUGUUCUAUAUGGAGGCAAGAGUGAAACUUUGGACCCUGCUGCAAGAAUAUUUUAAAGGGCUUUUAGAGACAUGACAGAUGUAUAGAACAGCAAUACAAAUAUAUUUGUUACCAACAUAUGUAAAUGAAGCAGAAUGCCCCAAGUGAAAGGCUUUUAAAAUGGGGAUACCUUUUCUCUUCCCUACCCAUAACAUACUCAUGUCAUAACUUCUCUGGCCAAGGUGAGCUGCACUUUGCUUCCUGAAACCAGUCAGUACAGUUUCAUGCAUUGCUUGGAGUGUUUUUUAUUAAAAAAAAAAACCCAAGCAAGCAAAACCCCCACAAAUUUAUAUAAGGGAUAAGCUCAGUACUCGUAACUGAUCUGCCGUACAGCAGGCUAUUGCACUGCCAGUCUCAGCCAAAUCGGCUCCAGUAGGGUUUUUUAGUAAACUUGUAUUAAGGUCUUUCUCCCGCUACCAUAAACUGUUUAACCCAGGCUGUGAACUGACAUAGCCUGAAAUAAGUUUUGUCUAAUUGUCAAGACUCUGGGGCCUGAUUGACAGUUUCACCAUGAUUAAGCUGCAAAAAGCUAAAUUGUAUGUGAUGCAAGACCCAAAUAUGUGUAUACGUACACAAGUAAGUUAGGGCUGUAUCUCUAAUGUUUUGUCCUUCCUUUCAUUACACCUGGUUACAUUACAGUUCAAUUCUCAGGUGUUGCAGAAAAUCUACCUCUUUGGACUGUAGAUGGAAAUAACUGUGAAAAAAGUGAUGCAGAAAUCUAGUUUGUGCUAAACACACUGCUUUAUUUUUACAACCCAUGUCUGCUUUCAUGAGGAAAAAUGAUAAAUGAACAGGCAGUCUUUGUUUUGCUUUUCAAAAACAUUUUGUAGAGAUUUUUCACUAAUGUGAAUCUGAAAUUUUAUCUACUCGAUUCUGUAUAGAUUAAGUAAAUAAGUAUGCUUAAUA